UUUCACCCAGAGGCCGAAAUAUCUUUUCGUCAGUAUUACAUUAUAAAUUGAUCAUCAACAAAAAUGUUAUGGAUUUGAUCAUUUUAUGAGCACUCACAGUGGAACUCCAGUCUACAUAUAUAGACAGUAUCUUAAGCAAAGACAAAAUUUACAUUUUUUUGGGACAUCUUCUUGAAAGGACUUCAUAAUCAGAGUUGCUGGUGGUGUACUUUGUUUUGAUAAUCGUUUUAAACGGCCUAGCCCGGCCCAUCACCAGACCAGCAGUUUAACUUUAUUGAUGGCUGCUGAUAGCAUCAAUUUAGUUUUUGCAUGCUGCAAAGGGUGAAAUGGAAAAGUCAAAAUAUUGCAAAUGUUUACACAAUCAGUAUUAGCUCCAACUUUCGAUUAAAAUGAAUGCAAAGAAACAGGGUGGCAAAGGCCCAAUCAAGAAACUACACAGAGUGCCUGGCAGUAGGCUAAGAAAGCAAAGCUCUGCAUCUAAAGUUUACCCUCGACACGCUGUUGAUCAUGACAAUGCAUGGUUGAAGACUAAAGUAAGAAAAAUAAACGAAGCUCUUGACAGAGACCCUGUAGAUGUUGAUUGCUUGCGUAAACUUGCACUGUCUGAAUAUGGUUUUGUUACUGAUGACAUCAGAUGCAGAGUUUGGCCAAAGCUUCUUAAUGUGAACAUCUUUAAUCUGCCAAAAAGAAGCAGAGCUGAUAUAGAACAAAAGGAGUUUAGAAAAAACAAAUAUUUUCAACAAGUGAAACUUGAUAUUGACAGAUCUCAAAGGAGGUUUCCUUCAGGAACAAGGGCAUCAAGAAGGCGAGUCUUGCAAGACCAGUUAACCAACAUUAUAAUGAGAACAUUAUGCAGAAACCCGGAACUUCAUUACUAUCAGGGCUAUCACGAUGUCGCAGUCACAUUGUUAAGAGUUGUUGGCGAAGAUCUUGCAAUGGCUCUUCUUGAACAGCUGUCUUUGCACCAUAUAAGAGACUUUAUGGAUGUUAAUAUGGAAAGGACAAAUAAAAUGUUGGCCUUGAUUCAUCCGAUUUUAUCAAAGAUGGAUAUAAGCCUGGCAGCCUUUAUUCAAAGCGCAGAAGUUGGCCAAAUAUUCGCCCUUAGUUGGUUGAUCACAUGGUUUGGACACAAUCUCGAGAGAUUUAGCGUCAUAGUUCGUCUGUUUGACGUCUUCAUCGCAACAAACCCAUUUAUGCCAAUAUAUGUUGGGGCAGCGAUCAUCGAAUCAGAUGUAGAAAAUGUGAUGGAACUUGACUGCGAAAUGAGUACUGUUCACUCGUAUUUGAGUAAGCUUCCAAAUGGCUUAAUCCUCGAGGAAACAGAAUACAUUAUUUCAAAGGCAUAUCGCACCUACUUACAGUAUCCACCAAACAUUCUACAGAGAACAGCGAAGUACAUUGUUAGUCAAAGUUCCUCUGCAUCCAGUCACAAACAACUUGUCGAGAGAUCAAUGAUGCAAAAACCUGAUACAUUGUUGCGAAAGCGAACCAGAUUAAGAAACUUUAUCAGCGAUGAACCAAAGCAAAGUGCUGGUUUUGAAGAGGUUCUUGAAAAAGAUGGUAAAGGUAACCAGAUAGUUAAACUAGCAGUUUGGACGUUAAGUAUUUCAAUUGGAGCAAUGACAUUUUUGGUUUUGAAUGCUGCAAAAAAGUGGAUAUGAAGUCAUUUCGUAUAAAGAAAAAGUCUAUUUUAAUCUGUCUCUUGCACAAUGUACUUUUCAACAUGGUACAAUUGAAUGUGUUUUGCAGAUCUUUGAAAAUCUAUGAACAUCAGUUUAUUUAUGUUCUUUAAAAUUGAUUGAUUUUUGAAAAUGACAUUGGUAAGGCAAUUCAUUUACGUUCUAAAUGUUACAUUAUUGCUAUCGAUUUCGUAAGUCGUUAGUUUAAUUUCCGAGUAUUCGACUAUUCACGAUUACGUUUAAAAAACAAUCUGAUUACGCCUGAUUUUAUCAGUCUAAUUCUUCUGUAUCUAAGAAUAAAAUUUUCAGCUCUUGCAUAAGUAAUUCCUUUGCAUAAUUUAAGUGCGAAAUGAGCAUUUAUGAACAAAAAAUAACAGAUGAGUAUGAAAUUCAGCAGACGAAUAAGGAAAUUUGUUUGCUGUUGUUGGAAGAAAAUUGCCCAAAUUCAAAUUAAUAAUGAACCACUGUUGCAGUAAAGUGAAGCUCCUGGUAGAAGAAAACCAGUAGAACUGUUUCACUGAUUACAUAAAAGAACUAAAACAGCAAAUUUUUUGGUCAAAAGCAGAAAAAAGCCACAUUUCAAACAGCAUUUAAUUAUUUUUGCAUUUAUUUUUCUGUUGUACCUAUAUCGGCGUUUUAUGAUCUGAUUCCCUGCAGUUCUAGUGGUUUUAUGACUUACCUUAAAUUGUUGCUUGCUCUGUUAAUUGUAAAUUUUAUUUAAUGACAUCUCCGUCGAAAAUGCCUGUUUGGUUAUUAUCAUUGCUUUUUUACUUCAAUGAAUCAUGUUUUGUUUUAUUGUUUCUUAAGCUUAUUAGAAGUAAGGACCAGUUUGAUAAGUGUUUAAAUAUAUAUUCAGAAUUUUCGCAGUGAAAAUUAAGAGAAUAUAGUUUUUUUAUGGAAUUCAUCAUUUCUUCUAUCGUUGGUAAUUCUUUUCCAGUCACCCAGUAAUUGUCCUUCCCUGUGCUUUCACAGUAAAUGUCCAAAUUCUUGCAUGCCCAUAGUAUACAGCUGAACA